AAUAAAAGGCACAUAUUUCAUCUCUGGACAGCACCACCUUCAUCAGUUAAGAAAGCACUUGACCCAAAGGGCGUCCUGAUGGGACAGUUUGCAUCUAAAAGUAAUGCCCGAGGUGUGCACUUUUCCACCAAUGAGGAGGGACCUCCCAGGUACUCUUCACAUCAUUUUCAAGGCAACACUGUACAUCGAAGUAAUGGCCUUCAAAUUCCUCCAACCAUCGUCGUCUCCGAUGAGGAAUCCAGUACAUCAGAGCAUCGUGGUUCGAGGGCAGAGCUGCGCCGGUCCUCCGUCUAUAGCACCAUGGACCAGAUACCCCACCUGGAGCAUUAUGCCAAUUCUUUGCCACGUCAGAUAAUGAAGACCAGGCCUUCUUUUGAAACCCUCCGCAAGACAUUUGAGGUUGAGAAGAAUGAAAUGGAUAGUGCAUCCACCUCUGACUCAGGGAGCCUGCCAGCACCAGAAAUGGGAAAUGAAGAGUCUCAAGGUCUUCCGGAGAAACCUCCAGUUAGAUUUGGCUGGAUAAUCGGGGUCAUGGUUCGUUGCAUGCUGAAUAUUUGGGGGGUCAUCUUGUUCCUCCGUCUGUCAUGGAUCACCUCUCAGGCAGGCAUUGUGUUGACUUGUAUAAUAAUCAUCAUGUCUGUGUCGGUGACCACGGUGACUGCGCUGUCAAUCUCUGCUAUUGCCACCAAUGGGAGGGUGGUCUCAGGAGGCGUAUAUUUCAUGAUCUCCCGUUCCUUGGGUCCUGAAAUUGGAGGACCAAUUGGGAUGGUUUUCUCCUUUGCAAAUGCUCUGGCCUGUGCACUCAACACUGUCGGUUUCGCAGAGGUGGUCCGUGAUAUGAUGCAUGAACUGGGUACCGUUAUAGUGGAUAAAGUCAAUGAUGUUCGUAUUGUGGGUGCGGUCACAGUCACAAUUCUUCUCUUUAUUACACUGGCUGGAAUGGCGUGGGAGUCCAAGGCUCAGAUUUUGUUCUUCGUGGUUCUUAUGAUAGCCUUUGCAAACUACUUUGUGGGCACAGUAAUCCCUCCAGGCAUUGAUAAACAGGCUAUUGGCUUCUUUGGAUACCGAGGCGAUAUUUUUGUUGAAAACCUCACACCAAGCUUCCGAGGUCCUCAAGGCAGUUUUUUCCAGAUAUUUGCCAUUUUCUUUCCUGCUGCCACUGGAAUUAUGUCUGGAGCCAACAUCUCUGGAGAUCUAAAGGACCCUGCAACAGCUAUCCCAAAGGGUACCCUGUUGGCAAUUUUCUGGACAACACUCAGUUACCUGGCGAUAGCAGUAACUAUUGGUGGAUGUGCAGUGAGGGAUGCCUCUGGGAAUCAAAGUCACCUCAUGACCGGAAACAGCACGGAUGGCUGUGUGGGACUGGCGUGUAAUAUGGGUUGGAACUUCACAGACUGUAUCCAGUCCCAGUCCUGUCAAUUUGGGAUCGCCAACAGUGUAAAGAUACUUGGGCAAGUCUCCGGUUUCUACUACUUCAUGAUUGCUGGUGUUUUCGCAGCCACUUUGUCUUCUGCCCUGGGUUUUCUUGUCUCUGCACCAAAAAUCUUUCAGCGUCUGUGCAAGGACAAAAUAUACCCGUACAUCGAAUUCUUUGAGAAAGGUUAUGGGAAAAACAAUGAGCCACUUCGGGCUUAUUUACUCUGCUACAUUAUUGCAAUGGCCUUCAUUCUUAUUGCUGAGCUGAAUACCAUUGCAGGUCUCAUCUCCAAUUUCUUCCUAUGUUCCUAUUGCCUUAUAAACCUCAGUUGUUUUCAUGCAACCAUCACCAAUUCCCCUGGCUGGAGGCCAUCAUUUAAGUACUACAACAAAUGGACCGCUCUGUUUGGAACUGUAAUGUCAAUAGCUCUGAUGUUUCUAAUGACCUGGUGGGCUGCACUUGUGACCUUCUGCAUCAUCAUCUUCCUUUUUGGAUAUGUCAGCUACAAGAAACCGAAGAUAAACUGGGGUUCAUCAGUCCAGGCAAGCACGUACAACAUGGCCUUGUCAUACUCUGUCUCUCUGACUGGUGUGGAGGAUCAUGUGAAGAAUUUCAGACCACAGUGCCUAGUGCUGACAGGGCCCCCGAACCAACGACCUGCACUGGUGGACUUUGUUGGCUCCUUCACUAAGCGAAUAAGCCUUAUGAUCUGUGGAGAUAUUAUACUGGACGGGAAGGCACAGCCUCAGGAGACUACAGACAGUUUGGAUGAAUGGCUGAACAAGAGGAAGGUGCGGUCAUUCUACGCUGCUCUCUCUGCUGACAACUUCAGGACUGGAGCUAAACAGCUGCUACAGGCAUCUGGUCUCGGUAAACUGAAACCCAAUACUCUGGUCCUGGGCUUCAAGACAAAGUGGAGGGACAGUGCUCCUGAAAGCAUUGAAGACUAUAUCAGCACCAUUUAUGACACAUUUGACUAUAACUACUGUUUGUGCAUCUUGAGGAUGAUGGAUGGACUGGAUAUCUCUGAUGAUUUAGAAUUUGAAGUCAACCAGGGCUUUGAGCCAGAUGAAGACGUGGAAAAUCAGGACCACCAAACCAAUGAGGAGGAUACAGCUGAUGAUAUGUCUGAUGAAGGCAGCAGUGAUCAGAUCAACACCGUGUUUCAAAAUAACCAAGGAAAGAAGACCAUUGAUGUCUACUGGAUAGCAGAUGAUGGAGGUCUGACUUUACUGGUGCCCUACCUGAUAACCAGGAGGAGACGCUGGCGCAGAUGCAAGGUCAGGGUUUUCAUCGUGGGAGAUGAACAAAGCAUGGAGGAGAGUCGCAAUGAGAUGUUGUUUCUGCUGAGGAGGUUUCGUUUGCAUGUUAGUGACGUCAUAGUCAUGACAGACAUUGAGAAACACCCUCAUCCAAAGAGCCUGAGCCGGUUUGUGGACAGUGUCGCCCCCUUCAGGCUGCACGAUGAGCAGCAGGAAGGCGUCUCAGUGCAAGAAUUGAGACAAAGUGCUCCAUGGAAGAUAUCUGACAAAGAAUUUGAGGCCUUCAAACUGAAGUCUGAGACAAAAGUGAGGCUGAACGAAAUAAUUCGGAAGAAUUCACAACAGACUGCUCUUGUUCUAGUGAGCCUUCCAGUUCCUCAAAGUGACUGCCCCAGUGCUCUGUAUAUGGCCUGGCUGGAUACACUGACAAGUGGCCUUCACUGCCCUGCUGUGCUAAUACGAGGAAACCAAGAGAACGUCCUGACGAUAUACUGCCAGUAAAACUUCAUGUUUCGAGAGGGAAAUCCAACAGCUCUUUCUGAUGGCUGUAUGUGGAGCUCUCCAGGAUGAACAGAGCAAUUUCUGUGUAAUGUACCUUAUCCAUUAUAGUGUUUUGAAGUGAUCUUAAUUGCUAAAGUAUUCAUACUCAUUUAUCAAAACAAUCACCACUUAUAAAUGCUAUAACUAGAAGAUAUCUGUUCUACAUAAAGCAAUCAUUCUGUAAAAGUGAACUCUGAGGACAAUAUUGUGCUGCUGUCUCCUUUUCUGCUAAGACUCCCAGAUCAUUGCAAAUGUCACUUUAAUUGUUGCUAUUAUGAAAACUAGUUGAACAUUCUAUGACUUGCUAAAUUAAAAACUACUUAUACCUGC